ACGAAAGUUCAGAUAAAUUCUUAAUCGAUUGAUAUGAAUAUGCAGUUCGAUACUGGUUUGUGUACAUAGACUGAGAUUUAGUACAGGAAAGAGAUGGCGGUUUCGGACAACACCAGAGGGUUAAUUCUAGCGAUCUUGUCGAGCUUGUUCAUUGGUGCAAGCUUCAUCUUGAAGAAGAAAGGCCUCAAGCGUGCUGCUUCUGCUGGUACUCGCGCAGGAGUUGGAGGCUACACUUACCUGCUAGAACCACUUUGGUGGGCGGGCAUGAUGACAAGUGAGUAG